GGCCUGUUGCACAAAAGUAGAAUUAAGACAUCCGGGAUAAAUGACUCAGCUGAGCUCAAUGAAGCCAAAACAUGUGCGUCCAGGCUUAAUUGGUUGCACAAAGACCAAGCCAGGAUGAGCAGACACGGAUUCAUUAAGCCAGGUGAAACCAAUCCUGGAUAGGUGCGCGCUCACGGCUCACUCAAAUAGACCCCGCCACAGAUCACAGAUUAACUGAUUUACCAUGGCAACUAGAGCCGCGUACUUUUCCCCAUCGGAAGCACAAAUCCUCAUGGAGGCAUACGAGGAGGUAAAAGAUAUAAUUAAGAAGAAAGGCAACACCGCCACAGUGAUAAAGCAAAGAGAAAAAGCGUGGCAAAGUAUUGCAGACCGCCUGAAUGCAUUAAACAUGAACGGGCCAAAACGGACAUGGCAGCAGGUCAAAAUCAAAUACAAGAACAUUCUGCAGAAUGCAGUGAAAAAGAAUACCCACAGACAAGGCACGGGUGGUGGGUCACCAAAGGCUGACCUUACCCCAGCAGAGGACAUGGCCUUGGAGCUAAAUAAAGGCAGGCCCGUCUUAGAGGGGAUCCCUGGGGGGAAAGAGACAAGCAUAGGUUCCUCCCAAGAUGCCACCCGCUUCAUUCAAGUGUCUGGCAGCACUGUGUUCCUGUUAGAGCCACCAGCACAAGCACCAGACGAUGCUGAUCCAGGUGAAGGCCCCAGUGCAGCAGCAACAGCACAUGAUGGAGACGAUGAUGAUGAGGAGGAGACCAUCUCUCUGGAUUCCAGAAGGCAUGAGGACCCAGAUGCUAUACAGUGGGAAAACCAGCCUGGCAACAUAAGCUCACAAGCUAUCAGAAAGUUGUAUGGCAACCACCUCCGGCGCCAAAUAGAACUGGCAGACAUAGACAUUCAGUACAAGAAGAAAAAGAUGGAAAAUCUUGCACUGGAGUCCGAAAUAAAAAAGAGGACAAUUAGGAAACUGGACCUUGAAAUAAAAAAACUUGAGAGGGAGGUGAGAUAUGCCUUCAAUGUACACUGUAUGCUAACUGUAACACAAAUGUAUUAAUCAUUAUUUGUAUUUCCUCCCCCAGCUCCAAGAAGAUGACACAGCUCAAAAUAAAAAUUAGGUAUAUUCUCGUAAAGUCAAGUGAGCCAUGACAUAUGAGCUCUUAUUGUGAGCACACAGGACGGUGGCAUCUUUCUAAGGUUUUUUUAUU